UAUUCUACUAUUAGUUACGAAUUGCAACCAUUGAUAUUACCUUAAGCCCCUGCUUGACGCCUAGUUAUAAAUCAUUCGAGGAUCUAGGCCACUUCCAUAUGAUCUAGAUCGCAUCCCUCGUAACAGUUAAAUUGAAUGAUUUCAGAGUUGAAUGAUUUCAGAGUUGAAUGAUUUCAGAGUUGAAUGAUUUCAAUAGAGUUGAAAAAAGUUCCAAGUCAGAUUUGCCUGAGGUUAUAAGGCUUAUACCAAGCUUUUUGUUAGAUUAUUUACCGGGGUAUUUUAGACCAAUCAGAUUCUCAGGAUCGCGACUUACUUAAGCGAGUUUCUUAUUUUCUACGACCUAAAUUGCGGUACGCUACGCGCGUACAGCAAGGUUUUGGUGUCGGCAAGCCGACAAUAAUUCCUCAUAUUUUCACGAUGGCCCAACUGAUAAACAAUCCCGGUGCUCAUAAACCAAACCUCAAUAUGGACGAAAUUCUAACAAAUCUAUGGAUCGGAGAGUUAUUCAGUAAUCCUACCUCCAUCUGUUGUACAAUAACUAACCUAGCCAGUAUACUUUCCACAUAUAAUAUCUCCAAUCUUCAAAGCAAAAACAUAUGUACCAUCAUCUCUUUAAUUGACCAACCUCUUCCGCAAUGGCUUCGUACUCGAUAUCGAGAGCUUGGUAUCUCACACAAAGACUUCCGAGUCCAAGAUGAUGCGCUUGAAGACAUCUUGUGCAUUAUGAAAGAUGCUUGCGACACUAUCGAUAAGGCUCUCGAUGAGAGCCGUGGUGUUCUGGUCCAUUGCGGCCUCGGGAUUAGUAGAUCUGGUACGAUCGUUUUGGGAUAUGGCAAAUCUACCUUCCUGUUUAAUCUACUAACCAUGGCUAAUUUUUUAUCUAGUGAUGCGAAAGAAGACUCUAGAUCGAGAUCAGGCAUUGUUGUUCGUGCGUCAAAAGCGAUUGCGCGUGCAGCCCAACACUGGUUUCUGGGAGCAACUGAAUGUAUGGCAUGAUUGCCAACAUGAUGUGUUUGAAUACGUCAAUGGUGAGAACUUUCUAAAGGAGCUUUAUCGGGAGUGGAAGAGUAAGGCUGGAAUGGAGAUGAGUAAUAGAGUGCUCGCACUUAAUUAACUUCCAUGUUCAAUCAGGAGGGAAGAUUUGAUUUUGUGCUGCUACUCAGUGGUUUCCAAUUCUGCUUAUCGGCAUACUCGUCGUUUGACUUACUGCGCUGUCGUUAACGUUGAGGGACGAGAAGCAAAGACACCUCGUCAUCCUCCUUCCAGAACGUCUUGAGGAUAUAAUUGUACUCUACGCAGGAUUUUCGAUAACUGUCAGAGGAUCUGUGUUUUGGAAGGAUGAACGAGACCUACGAAAGUGAUGUCGGUUGAGAACGGGGAUUAUGUCUCAAUAGAUCAGGGAGUCCCCGCGCGUGCUUCUAAUGUUUCUACGCAGUUGUGUUCUUCCGCCCCAAUAUCUCGUCCGCGUACCGCUGACUACAACUUAUAACUGAUGAAUUCGUAACGAUGUCAGUCAUCAAUCGAAGUUCU